AUGGAGAGAGCCGUUUCGGGAGCGACCGCGAGGCGAUGGCUGGUGGCCCUGAGUCUUGGCUCGCUGUUCACCUUGACAGCUGGUAACCAUGGCUACAAAAGCUCCAAGGACUUGCUCCCGCGGGAGGCGCCUCCCGGUCAGGUGACAGCGGACAAGUUGGUGAAAACCAAAGACUUGCCGCAGGACUUUGACUGGAGAGAUGUGAACGGUGUGAAUCUGGUGACCAGUGAUGUGAAUCAGCACAUCCCCCAGUACUGCGGCUCUUGUUGGAUCCACGGUACCACCGCUUCGCUGAAUGAUCGCAUCAAAGUGAUGCGACGUGGGAAAUUUCCAGACGUGAUGCUGGCGCGGCAGGUUUUGAUGAACUGCGUGCCGUCGCCCAACAAGAGCCUGGCGCCACCGGGCUGCGAUGGCGGUGACCCGUGGAUGAUCCACAAGUACCUGAUGGACAAUGACGUGCCAGACGAGACAUGUAUGCCCUACCAGGCCCGGAACAUGGAAUGCAACAAGAUGGACCAGUGUCGCAACUGCCUCUCCGGGCACGGCUGCUGGUCCAUUGACACCUGGACUGGAUAUGGCGUCAGCUCCUAUGGGAACCUCUCUGGCGAGAUUCCCAUGAUGAAAGAGAUCUACGCGCGAGGACCUAUCACGUGCUCUUUUGCCACUGAUAACGAGUUCAUGAUGAACAUGAGCAAGGUCCUCCUCGAGAACGAAGGUGUUUACAGCACCACGAAGAAAUACACAGCGGACCAGGUGGACCACAACAUGGAGGUUACUGGCUGGGGCGUCACAGCCUCUGGAACCAAAUAUUGGGUGAUCAGGAAUUCCUGGGGGACCUAUUUUGGAAGCAACGGCUGGUUCAAGUUGAAACGCGGUGAGAACCAGUUGCUGAGCGAAGCAGACUGCGACUGGUCCAUUCCUCGCUUCCAUGGCUUGGACGAGGUGCUGGCAGGACGAGUGCUGGGCAGUUACAUGACUGGCAUGACGACGAAGGUCAGCAGCAAGACCCUGGAAGCCAUCCUUAAAGCUCCCGAGUCCAUCGCCCCGUCCAUGGCUGUCGCGGACAGCGACCGAUCAUGGUCGUUGAUGACGGCCGCCAUGGCGGCCCUGGCGGCGGUGGCGGUGGUAACGGUGAUGAUGAGAGCUGGGAGAAGCGACAAGAGUGAACCUCUGUUGGGAUAG